AUGAAGGGAUCAGCUCCCACAUAUGAACUGUUCCAGAUAGUCCUGUAUCUUAUAUGUGCCUACCAGAGCAUCUCCUGUGGCAUCCACUACUUGUCCUCUGUGUUCUUGUCAGUUAUCCCCGAGCAUGCCUGCAAGCCUCCAGGCAGAGUUCGGAAGGCUAUUUUCCACAACUUAUCUGCUUGGAAGUUGGAGGACAUACUGGCCCUGAGGUCCCCAGACGAGAAAGAUCACAUUAUAGUAGAGCUUCAGGAUGGGAAGGUCUGGGAGCUCACAAGAUGUAGCAGGACCUGGAGGGAGAACAUGUCGGAUUUGGGCUACAUAUACAGUGGCUAUGAGUUCAACACUCCUUGCCCUGAUGGCUAUGUGUAUGACCAAAGCAAAUGGAGAAGUUCUGUGGUAAGAAGACUGAACCUGGUCUGCGAACACAAAUGGUAUGCAAAAGUGAUCCAGCCCUUUUAUGUAUUUGGCAUGCUGCUGGGAGCAAUUGUUUUUGGCUACAUUUCUGACAGUUUUGGAAGGCGAGUGGCUCUGUGGUGCACGGGUAUCGGUGUGUUUCUUUUUGGCAUAGCAUCGAUCUUUAUAUUUGAUUAUUUCAGCUUCAUGGUGAUACGCUUUUUCCUUGCCAUGGCUGCAAGUGGCUAUUUUGUCGUGAUCAUUGUCUAUGUGAUGGAAUUCAUUGGCCAGAAGUCUCGCACAUGGGCAUCCAUGCAUCUGCAUACCUUCUUUGCUAUUGGAGUAUUAUUGGUGGCUUUGGUGAGCUAUUUGGCUAAAUCCUGGUGGCUUUAUCAGCUCAUCCUGUGCACACUGACUGUGCCUUUCAUCCUGUGCUGCUGGAUGUUCCCAGAGACCCCUCUCUGGCUGCUCUCAGAAGGAAGAUACAAAGAAGCACAAGGGAUCGUCGACACUAUGGCUAUGUGGAAUGAAUCUAGUUCCUGUGACCUGGUAAAACUUUUGUCACUGGACGUGAGUGGUUCCCGUGCUAAAAACCGCAAGGGCGCCAGGAAGCUCAGCCUAGCAGAUCUGUUCUAUUACCCGGAUGUUGCAAAAAGAACUCUCACCAUUUGGUUGGUUUGGAUCACAAUAAAUUUAGGAUACUACACGUUUAGCAUAGAGGCUAUUCGAAAAAGAGAACAUGAGUACCUAUACCUCUUCAUAUUGGGUGCUUCGGAAAUUCCUGCCUACUUCUUUAUGUGCAUCUUGAUGCAGAGGGUGGGAAGAAGAAACACCAUAGUCUCCUGCCUUUUGUUGUCCUCCAUCAUCUGUGCUAUAUACAUAGCCAUACCCUGGAGUCUCAAUACUUUGAAGAUAGUGACGGUUUUGGUUGUCAAAAUUGUUUUAGGGUCAGCAUUUGCCUUCAUUUAUAUUUACACGGCAGAGAUGUACCCAACGACUAUAAGGUGCUGGGCUUUGGGGAGCAGCAAUAUGGUGUCCCGAGUGGCAAGCAUCCUUAUCCCUUUCAGCGGGCAUCUCACCAAAUUCUGGAUCAUCCUGCCACAGAUUUUAUUUGGGAUCCUGGCCAUACUGAGUGGACUGUUGUCACUGAGUCUUCCAGAAACCCGCAACAAACCAUUGGCAUCUACUUUGGAGACAACUCAACGGCGGGUGUGGGUGCAGGUGCCAGAGAACAAGGAUAGUUUAGGGGAAGCCCCUUCUGAAGCCGAGAUGGGUGGUCCAGGCAGAGCCCCUCCCACCGCGGAGCCUGGUAGUCCGGGCUAAGCCCCUCCCACAGCUGAGAACACUGAGACACGGAAAUGACUAACCUGGGAGAUCCUGAUUGUGAUGAGUCGCCCAUGGCACCCAGGACUUGGGACGUUGCCAGGGGUGACUUUCUUCUGUUAGAGAGAUGUUAAUCGGACCUCCCACAAGUUAUUUAUGUAUCUGCAUAAAAAUGUUGUGAGAAAGUUUUAAACAAGUGUUUUGUAAAGGUCAAUGAAAUAAAAAACCAG